AAGAGAUGCAACGAAACAGACUUGUCAGUGUCACAGAUGUUUUGUUGACAGUUUUGACAUUUCAUGGUGUUUGGUAUUUUCGUUUACGUUUUGGUAUCGUUUUCUGAAUAAAAAUAAUAUUACGCUGCUAAAAUGAUUGGUGUUAGGCUGAACACGUUUAACGACAACUCGGGAGAACCUGAGCAAGAUGCUAAUUCAGCUCUGACUGAGCUCGAUAAAGGUCUGCGUUCUGGCAAAGUCGGAGAACAAUGUGAAGCUAUCGUGCGCUUCCCUCGGUUGUUCGAGAAAUAUCCUUUUCCUAUACUUAUCAACUCUUCGUUCUUGAAGUUGGCUGAUGUGUUUCGUAUGGGAAACAAUUUCCUACGUUUGUGGGUGUUACGCGUCUGCCAGCAAAGUGAGAAGCAUCUGGACAAGAUACUUAACGUUGAUGAGUUCUUACGGAGGGUAUUCAGUGUUCUGCAUUCUAAUGAUCCUGUGGCUAGGGCUCUAGCAUUGAGAACUCUUGGGGCAGUGGCUGGUAUUAUACCGGAGAGGCAAAACGUCCACCAUGCUAUAAGGAGAGGGCUGGACAGCCAUGAUAAUGUUGAGGUGGAUGCAGCUAUCUAUGCUACAACCAGAUUUGCUGCUCAUUCAAAUGCCUUUGCAGUAGCCAUGUGCAACAAGCUAUCAGAUAUGGUUGAAUGUGAGAGCACCGGAGCCGAGAGACGGGCCAAACUUGUCAGAGCAUUGAGGAGUGUCCAUGGUGGAGCUGUUAGAGCCCAAGGUGUCUUGAAGCUACUUCGAUCCCUACUGGAGAGGUUCCCUUCAUCAAGCUCAGUCCGAGCAGCUAUUACAGCUUUGACUGCCAUUGCUGCUGACACAGUGGUGCAUGUGCCUGACCAGGUGGAACUGCUCCUAAGCUUGGCCAUGAACGACGCGCGCUCCGCCGUGCGCCGCGCCGCGCUGGUAGGGUUGAAGAAGCUGGCCGAGCACGCCGCGCUGUGGCCGCUUCAGUGCAUCCAGGACCUCGUGCGAGCCGCCACGGACAGCCAGGAUCAGGAGCAUACCAUGCUCUGCUUGCAGGUUAUGGAGAUCCUGGUGGAGUGCCCGGCGAUCUGCGCAGCAGCAGGGCAGCAAGCGAGCGCACUGCGUCAGUACUGCGCCGACGCAGCGCUCAGCGCGCACUUGCCACAGGCCGCCACCGCGUGCGGCGUGCUCACGCGCAUCGUGCUCCACUGCUAUGAAGAAUCAUUACCUGUAGAUGGUUCUGAGUUGAUGCUGGCACUGGAGUCGCUAGUAAUUGCCACAGGCGUCGACAACGACCCGACCAACAUCAAGCCGCUGCGGAUUGCUCUACGCUGUUUGGUAAAACUCUCCAUCGCUGAGCCAACGAUCUACGCGGCUCGCACGGCCACCGUACUGGGCAUACAGCUACAAGAGUGCGACUGGAAGCAAGGCGGGCCGCGCAUACUAGCGCUGCUUGAAGCGCUGGGAGCGCUGGGCGGGUCUACGUACUGUCCGCAUUCGAUCGCUCCAGCCAUGCCCGCGUUGCUGCAAACGCUUGAUGCAGCGCAGAAAGGCGAAGCACCAACGGACAGUUCCAACGACGGCACAGCUCUAGUUCUGCUGUGUACGGUACUCUUCCAAGAGCGGGCAGGCACAGCCCUGACGUACAAGAUCAACUCUUCGUGGGAGCAGAAGAUACUCGACACCAUCCGAGGAGUAGAUGGCUGGACUAGAUACAGGGUGGCAAGGGCUGCUUUGAGAUACGGCCACCAGAACCUAGCAGCGGAUAUUCUGAAGAGGCUCGCAGAGGAGGCGCCAAGUGAGUCGGCGCAGCGCUGGCUCACGGCGCUGCACAGGGCUGCCUCUGCCGACGCUUUGCUGCUGAAAGAAGGCAUAAGCGGGCUCGAAGCUGCCAGCUCCGGCUGGGAGGUCAGCAGCGGCUGGGGCGGCGCGGGCUGCGGCUGGGGCGCCGGCUGCGCGGCCGCUUGUGCCGGCUGCGGCGGCUGCGCCCCUUUACCCGCUGCCGCUAUGGGGGCAAGGGCCCAAGCGUUGGCUGCGUUAGCAAGGGCUGCGGUCGCUGCAAGGGCUGCUUGCACGCAGCCGCCACCGGCGAUCGCACAUGCUCACGCGCAGGCGGCGCGCGACCCAGCAGCCAAGGCGGGCGCGUGCGCGAGCGCGACGCGCAGGGCGGCGCGUGCUGUGAGCGCGGUAGCACAGCGCUAUGCAGCCAUCGCGCGCACUGCAUUCCACGCCGAUAAUACUACGCUGGCGCAUCUUCAUAUCGCGCAGUACACAUACGCUCAACUAGCCCACUUCCUGGACCGAGUCACGUGCAACCAGCAAGACAAGCCGUCAGACAUCGUAGCCAAGGAGAUCCGGCCCACUUGUCUGGAGGAGAUGAUCGCGUUGGCUCCCAGCGCCGCGCUCGCCAAGAUCUCUGCCAAGUUGUUUGACAACCCUACGACGGGGCAGGGCAUUACACAUAGGCCUCAACGUCAAGUGAAAGGAGUACAGAUCACGGUCACUGCCACACCUCACCCUCGGAGUAAUGAAAAGACGGUGGAGCUGACAAACAUCCAGCCAGCGUUAACAGCAGUUCAAACAGUGACACCGGUGCGCGACUUCUUCGCGGCGCAACAACUGGUCGGCGUCAACGCUGCUGGCCUCUACACUGUGGCUGUGGAAUGCGCCUUCGUGGAUGAACGCGGGGAACUGUGGAACACCGGCCCUAGGACUUCUAUUGUCAUCAAGGCUCACGAGGAUCCAACUGCGAAAGGCAUCGUCCAAAACACACGUAGUCGUUUCUGACUCGACCAAAACGACUUCCUUUAAAUAUUAAUCUCUGCGAGUUAAUUUAAACAAGUAUUUUUAAGUGGAAAUUAAUAAGCUUGUAAACUGUAAAUACAUACAAUAUGUUUUUUCUAAUAAAUUAUGAUAUCUUGUAAUUAUUCAACGCCAUAAUUCUGAUUUAUGAUUAUAAUAUCUGCUUGGCCAAUGAUUGACUGGUAUUAGUA